CUCUAAUAACCGCAACAACCAUGGAGAUAAAAGGACACACGCAUAGUUUAGGAGGAGUUAUAUAUCCUGGUGGCGGUUUGGAAUGCGGUGCUUGUGAUCGAUCGUAUAGUGAUGGUUGCGAUCCAUCGAUUUGCGAGGGCUUCCAUUGCCUUAUAUGCGAAUUUGAAGUUCACACGAAAUGUCUUUUUGUGUUUAACAUACAAGAGACAUUGUUCGAGCACCCUCUUCACAUUGGACAUGGUCUCAAGCUUCUCACAACGGGGGCUCCUGAUCACACCGAUCCGAAAUGCCAUAUCUGCGGUAAAAAAACCAAGCGCCUUCUUUUUCAUUGUUCCAUUUGUAAUCUCAAUUUGGACAUCAGUUGCAUGGUUGAUGCCAUGUGUUCCCAAUCUCAUCUGAAUAUUCCGUGGCACAAUCAUACUUUACUCAUGCUUGAUGUUGGUGAUGAUAUACCAUGCAAAGUUUGUGGUAAGCCCGGAGGAUAUGGCUACUGUUGCCCUCGCUGUUGGUUGAUGGUUCAUGAGAAAUGCGUCGCCGUAUUUGACUCACCAGAGAUCACUCACUCUUGUCAUACGAGACACUCUCUCAAGCUUCUCACCCAAGGAGCUCCCGGCUACACUGAUCUAACAUGUCAUCUGUGUGGGAAAAAAACUGGAAACUUUCUUUAUCAUUGUGAUAUUUGUAAGUUCAACAUGGAUAUGGCUUGUGCGAUUCAAAGUCCCCUACCAGUGGCUCUUUCAAAUCUGAAGGUCCAUGAGCAUACACUCAAACUCAUCCCAAGAUUGAUCUCCUUCGUUUGCGAUGCUUGUGGGAAAAAAGGCGACCGUUCUCCCUAUGUUUGUCUUCAAUGUGAUCUCAUGUUCUUUCAUCAAGAGUGUGCUCGUUUACCACGGGUUAUUCACGUGAAUCGCCAUGAUCACCGCGUUUCUUACAAGUAUCCUCUUGGUCUUGGAGAAUGGAAAUGUGGGAUAUGUUUAAUAAAGAUUGACUGGUCAUAUGGGGCAUAUUCUUGUUCCAUAUGUCCUAGUUAUGCUCUUCAUUCAAGCUGUGCGACGAGGAGAGACGUGUGGGAUGGGGAAGAGCUUGAUGGGGUGCCUGAAGAAGUUGAAGAUAUGGAGCCAUUCAUAAGGAAUGAUGACAACACAAUCACUCAUUUCGCUCAUGAAGAACAUAACCUCAGCCUCAACAAUGACGGUAUUGCUUUGGAGGAAAGCAUCUUGUGUGGAGCAUGUGUUCGUCCCGUUGGUUCUAACGCAUUCUACAAAUGUUCGGAAUGCAGUUUUAUCAUCGAUGAAACGUGUGCUAAUCUUCCGAAGAAGAAACGACAUUUUCUAAGCCCAAGAAUUCUCACUCUACACCCCAAUAGAGAUAACACCGAAACAACAUUUUGCGAUGCUUGUCUUCAAUGGUUCUGCGAAGGAUUCAUGCAUACUGAUGGAGGGAGGACUUAUGAUUUAAUCUGCAGUUCGAUGACUAUGCCUUUUAUUCAUGGAAGUCAUCCUCAUCCAUUACUAUACCUCCAAGAUAGUAGUAUUGGUGACAGGGGGAGGUGCCAGAGUUGCCACGGGGGUUUAUCUGACAAAUUCCUUGCCUACUUGACAGGUAUGAUGAUCAUCCACUCACUCUUUGUUACGGAGAAAAGGCAAGCGGCAAGUAUUGGUGCGAUAUUUGCGAAAGAGAAACAGAUCCAGAGACUUGGUUCUACACUUGUGAACAUUGCGGGGUUACUUUGCAUGUUUUCUGUGUGCUUGGGAAUCUCAGGUAUGCCAAACCAGGAGGAAAGAUCGAAGGAGACCUCGAAGGAGACCUCGAAGUGAGGUUUAACAAUACAUCUACACGGCCACUUUGCAACAACUGUCAUUGUCGUUGCGCAGCUCCCUUCUUUUUUGUUAAGGAGAAGAAGAAGAAGGCAUUUGUUGCGCAACAACAAAU